AUGGCCGGGAGGGGCGGCAGCAGCAGCACCGGCGCCUCCCCGCCGCCGGGGCCGGGGGUGGGGGCCGAGCGGCGGCGGCGGCGGCAGCUGCUGCAUCCCCGGGAUGCGCUGCCCGGCCCCGGUGCCGUGCGCGGGGCAGAGCCGCGGCGGCGGGCGGCGGGGCUGGCUGCGGGGCUGGCGGCGGGGCUGGCUGCGGGGCUGGCUGCGGGGAUGGCUGCGGGGAUGGCUGCGGCCCCGCGGCGCUGCCGUGGCCGCUGCUGCUGGCGGCGCUGGCGGUGGCGGCGGCUGCGCUGGCGGCGGUGGGCGCUGGCGGCCGGGCUGCUGGGCGCCGCCGCCGCAAUCGCCCUCUACUCGGCGCUGCCCGAGCCGGCGCGGGCGGACGAGGCGGUGACCGUGCUGCUGUGGUGGGAGCCCUUCGGCCGCCCGCGGCGCUUGCCCGACUGCCGGCGGCGCUACAACAUCAGCGGCUGCCGGCUGAGCGCGGACCGCAGCCGGCUGGGCGAGGCGCAGGCGGUGCUGUUCCACCACCGCGACCUGGCGCGGCACGGCGCCGAGGGGCUGCCCCCCGGGGCCCCGCCGCGGCCCCCGCGCCAGCGCUGGGUCUGGAUGAACUUCGAGUCGCCGUCGCACUCGCCCGGGCUGCGGGGGCUGGGCGGGCUCUUCAACUGGACCAUGUCGUACCGCCGCGACUCGGACGUGUUCGUUCCCUACGGGUACCUCUACGUGCCGCCGGCGCCCCGGCCCUUCGUGCUGCCCCGCAAGACGCGGCUGGUGGCCUGGGUCAUCAGCAACUGGAACGAGGAGCACGCCCGGGUGCGCUACUACCGCCAGCUCCAGGAGCACCUGCCCAUCGACGUGUACGGGGCGCGGGGGAUGGCGCUGGCCGAGGGCGGCCUGGUGGAGACCGUCUCAGCCUACAAGUUCUACCUGGCCUUCGAGAACUCCCAGCACACCGACUACAUCACCGAGAAGCUCUGGAGAAACGCUUUCUCCGCCAGCGCCGUGCCCGUGGUGCUCGGACCCCGCAGGGCCAACUACGAGCGCUUCAUCCCCCCCGAUUCCUUCAUCCACGUUGACGACUUCCCCAGCCCCCGGCUGCUGGCCACCUACCUGAAAUUCCUCGAUAAGAACAAACCCAACUACAGGCGGUACUUCGCCUGGAGGAAGAAGUACGAAGUCCACGUCACCUCGUUCUGGGAUGAGCAUUUCUGCAAGGUCUGCGAGGCUGUGAGGGCAGCUGGGAAUCAGAUCAAGACUGUAAGAAAUCUGGCCGGCUGGUUCGAAAGCUGAUGUUCCUGGCGGGUGAGGCUUGCCUGGACAGCCGAGGUGUCGGGAAGGAUGAUCAUUAGCCACAGAGGACUGGCAUCACUUGGAGAGGCAUACAGGUACAGGAAAACAAGCUGUGAAAAGCCUAGCAAAAGAAGAUUUUUAUUAAAGAGAAAAUUAUGAAGAUACGAAGAGACAUUAUGCCAGAUGAUUCCUAAAGAGCAAAGUUAAAUUUCCAGAAGUUGUACGGUUACAGAAGUUUGAAAAUUCUGUGCAGCUCAACAUAAAUAUCCGAUGCCAAAUUCCUCAGCUGUACAGCUGAAACCAAUUUUGGCGGCUAUGACAACUUCCUGGACCGUGAAACCUUCCUCUUCUCUCAGAGGAUACAUGAUCAGUGCUAGUUUUCUGUAAUACUAAGACAAAAAUGAAUGUUUGAAGCUGGUUUUUAUGUGUGUGAAAGCUAUUUACAGACAAAUUCGGAGCCGCAAGUGUUGAAUGUAAGACUCUUAUGGUACAGUAGCACCUUUUGGCAAUGCUUGAAAUUCCAGCAGCCCGCUAAUAAUGCUUUGAACCAAAUAAUUGUUCUGCUUAGGAAAAAGCCUAUGGAGGGGGCUGAAUCUGAGUGGACAAACAGCUCAGAUGAUGUAAAGUAUUUCUCCUAUUACUGCUGAAACCAUGGGCAUGUUUAUCCUGUAUGGAAGUAGAGUAGAACUUCAAGUACAGGAAAACACAGACCAUAGGGAAGAAAAUUGGAACACUUCCCUCCUCCCUUUAUUCAGGAGUUAGAAAAUGUUUACAGGUAUCUGCAUGGUUUUUCUCUGCAAAAUAAUUGCCAUACAGGAAAAUGCAGGGAAAGGCUCAGGAUGGCUGGAGUUUUAUUACUGUAUUGAAUAUAUAUACAGAAAGGGUAACUUUUUUCUCAACUAGCAGUAGACAUUGCUGUUGUGUAUCAACUCUUUUGGUUUGUGGCAUGCAUUUUAAAAAAAUUCUGCUGGGGGACAGACUAGUUAGAAUGCUGUUUUGUUGUUUUUAAAAUAAUAAUUACCAAAAAAAUCCCCAAACUCCCAAAUCACUUUCAUUCAAAAAGAAAAUUACCGUAGAGAAUAAGAUCUCCACUGUGGGUAAAAUACAGAUUGUGUGAGGGAAGAAUAUAAAAAGGGAAAGAUUCACUAUUUUCUCUUCCUUUGGUUUUGUAGUCUUUUUCUGGCUCAUUUUUUAAAUGAAUAAAUAGAUUCUUAAGGUAGAACUCCUUUGCUCAGUGCCUGUCAGGAGCAUUUACAUUUUAGACUUGCACAUUUUGCUGGAGCCAUCCUAGCAGUAGGUGUGUGGUUACUUUUUGGUUACAGAAAUUUUGCUCAGCCAAAGCCAGAAAGAAACUUCAGUUAUAAUUGCACAUCCUCGACAAGCUCAGCUUCCCUGUCUUUGCAGCUAUGAAAUUUGGUGACAAAAAAUGGCAACCUAGAGACCUGCCCAAAUGAAUAAGGUGUUCAUUCUGCUGCUUUUUAAUACAUGGAGUUACUCAGAGAUUUCAUUCAGAAUAAAACCAUGGGCACAGAACAAGUAGGAAAAGAGGAAAGUCAGUUGCAAAUAAAAGACGGACAUCAGAACAGGCAACCUCACUGACAUUUGUGAGUAAUAUUUAGGUUAGGAAAGGAUUAGAUUUGAUUUAAGCAGUAUGGGAUGUUGGAUGAGGGCUUUUAAGAUGUAUGAGCUGGCAGUCUACUGUAAUUUAUUUCUAGUUAGAUGUUCUCUAUGAUUAGGUAAACAUGGUGCCAAAAACUAUUGGGAAAAAACCUAAUAAUAAUGAAAUUCAUUAAUAAUUUGCACAGAUUUACCAGUUCAGAUCUUGCAGGCUUCUGCAAUUAUUCCCUUCUGCUUUUGUGCAAGGAGGGUUGGCUGAAAGUACUUGAUGAACCUUUUUAUUGUCAGUGCCAGAAUUGCUGUAGAAUAUUUAUUGGGAAGGGAGUGAAAACAAUCUAUGCAAUGUCAGAUAUAGUAGAGAUGAUUCCUAAUGCUGCACUUUCACUUCAAGAGGUAUAAAGUGAUUGUUUAAAGUAAAAGAGAGUUCUUCAUGGCAUGGUCAUCUGUUUCUCUGUCAGUAGGUACUACCCCCAUAAUACUGGGUUUGAUAUUUUUAAAACUCCAAUUUAUAAGUGUCAAGAUGAUAGGUUCCCUCUUCUCCUUUGGAUUUAUAAAUUUUUUUUUUCUGUUCAGUUUUUAUUAGAGUUCACAUAACUGUAUACAAAACUCCAGUCUUAAAAGUGAUGAAAUAAUAUUUAAGAUUGCACUACUUUUUAUCAGUCUGCUGAAACUAGUGCAUUUUUUUCAGUCCUCCUAAUUUUUUUAGCAUUUUGUGAAAGCUUCUAGGCACACAGGUCUUCUGUGUAAUGAGUAAUGAGUAAUGAGUAAUGCCACAUGCAGAAGAUCAGGCUACAGGAGCAUGGGAAUUUCCAGAGAUCACAAACAUUAAUUUUUUUUCCUCAGCCUUUCUGAAAAAAGGAGUUGAAAUCUUUGAGGAAAUAUUUUUGUAAAAUUCAGAAAAUAUCUACAAAGCAAUUAAAGCAUCCUUUUUGUAAAGUGAACAGUAUUUGUAAAUUGUGCACUGAGGAUUUUCAAGAACUCUAUGGUGAAAACUGCAGAUUUGUAAUAAUUAAUUGUAAUAAUUAUUACUUGGCUUGGGAGAAGGGAAGCCUUUUCUAAUGUCAUCAUUCUUACAUGGAUGUUGCAAAUUUGUGGCUCUCCAUUUGGGAGGAAGCUCAGCCCAGGCCUAUAGCUGAAGUCAAUGUUACAGAAUUUCUAUAAAGCUCUGGUUUUUGGUGUCAUCCACACCACAGGUUAAUAGUGUACUGUUACAGGCAAAGGACCAGCUUUUGUAAUGCACUUUGUAGAGCUCUAGUUCAAUGAUAAAUGUAAAGUUUGCCUGAACAAACUGGUUUGCACAUUGGGUGCCAGAAUCCACAAGGCAUUGCAGAUGAGGUAUACAAUCCAGUUGUAAAAAUUGGGGAAAGCUAUUCUCUAUUUUAAGUAGAAAAGUUUUCUUGAAUACAUUUUGAAAAAGUUUUUUAUUCCAUGCCUUAAAAUAUUGGGGUGGAGGGAGAGAAAGGAAGAUCAUUAUCUUCUGGGUUUUAUAAGGUGAAGAAUUACCAUUACUUUUUGAUUAUUAUGUAAGUGGAAUAGAGAAUUAUGUGAUCCCUUAAAUUGCAUAUUGUAUCUCAGGGAAUUUUAUACUGUAAGGUGUCUUGAUCUCCGGAGAAUGAAGUAACUUUAUAUUAAUUAUAUAAAUUCACACUCAAUAAAAUUAAAGGAAGCAGUGCAAAACA